UCAGUUGUUUUUCAAACGUUCCCGACAUCAGAACACGGAAGCGGCAGUGCAGGUCAAGCACUAUCAAGUAAUUGUUAACUUAUCAAAGCUCGUGUAUCCCGCUAUCGACAAAUUUUAUUUUUUUUAUAAAUAUAUAUUUUUUUUCAACAAACUUGUGAUCCAUUAUCGAAAGUGUGCGAAUGUUUAAACCGGUGUGUUUUUUAAGCGAACUCAAAGUUAAUUUCUCAAAUUAGAAUUAUACGUUCUGUGGUCGUCUUAUAACAAUUACAAUUACAAAUUGAAUUGUGAAUAUUUCUAACAAAAUAAUAAAUUGUUAAUACCUCCUUGCGCCGUAAUAAUAAAAGUAUGUGGAAACGUCUAUGCAUAAUCAAAGCUUGGAUUUGUUAAAAUCCAAUUACGACUCUGAAUCAAUUGCCGGCGUAUUCAGGAAACCGCGUGUGUUAACAUUAAAGUUUAUAAUUAAAUAACAAAUCCAUACCUCCUUAACAUUUGGUAAAACAGAACAUUCAACUUCAGAGGCUAUGCAAUGAGGAACAGAAGUAUUUAGCACCUUUCAGUGCACUGCUGGACCAGAAGCAAGUGCCUUUUGCGAACCUAAACCAUCAUUAUUCAUACUCGCGAUUGGAAAUUAGUUUAAGCUCAACUGACGAUGUGCACACGCUAGGUUACAUACCUGCAGAUACCGAGUAAUACUACGACUAUCACGAAAAUACUUAUUAGCCGGAAGGAUUACAACUAUUAAGAGCGAUGCUCUCUGGAAGCAGAGCAGAAAGUGAAAUCUGUAGAGCAACUACAACGACAUUACCUGUAGUGUCCGGGCAACAACAACAAUAUCAGGGAACAACACCUAAACAGAUGCGUAAGAGUAAAACCAAUCCAACGAGCGUUAUGGCACGCAACAACAAUGGUGGUGGCGGUGGCGGUGGCGGUGGCGGUAUGAGUGGCAGUGUUGUUACAUCUUCGAAGACGCCAACCAUAAUGACGAACAAGGCCAACGUUGACAGAGGUAUUCGAAGUGUUAUAGCCAGCGGCAAAGGAUCAGCCACAACUACGAACGGACACGAAGGUGCGGCUGGAUUCGUUGAUGGCAUCGAGAUAUAUUUGGGUCUAAUCGGCUGGCGGAAAAAGUGUCUUUACACAUUACUACUGCUAUUGAUGCUUUUAAUUAUUACGAAUUUGGUACUGACUUUAUGGAUUCUCAAGGUUAUGCAAUUCUCGACGGAGGGCAUGGGCCAACUAAAGAUAUUACCUGGAGGCAUUCAACUCUCAGGGCAGGCGGUAAUUAUGGACAUGCUGCGCGCAUCUUCAAUACGUUCUCGGCAUGGACAGCCCAUCUCCAUAGAAUCGUCACGUAAUUUUUCAAUAAAUACACGUGACCCAAACGGCGUACUCGAGAAUCAUUUAUUCUUGGGUCAUGAUAAGUUCGAAUGCCUGUCAGCGGGAUUUCGCGUCAACGACACAACCGGUCGAAAUUUAUUUUCCGUAAAUCGAAAUGAAGUCACAAUUGGAGCACACGCUUUGCGGAUCGAAGGCGAGGGAGGGGCCAUCUUUCGAGAAUCCAUUCAAACCCCGCAUGUGCGUGCCGAGCCAGGCCGUGAACUAAGAUUAGAGUCCCCCACACGUCAAUUAGAUCUAACUGCAGCCAAAGACAUUAACUUGCAAUCUCGAGCCGGCGGCAUUGAACUGCUAGCUUUGGAAGAUGUUAAGCUUCGGGCCCUAGACGGCAGUUUACGUUUGGAGUCAUCGAAAAUUCUAAUGCCCAAUCUGCGCACAGCGCAACCACCAAUUCUAGGAUCUGCGCAGAGUCGCGAUCACAUGCACCGAGUCUUCCAAUUGUGUGCCUGCUUUAAUGGCAAACUCUUUCUGGCGGCACCUCAUUCAAUAUGCGCCGGAGAUGAUUCCACAGUUUGCAGAUGAUUGGUUAAGCUGUCAAUGCGAUCGUGGAAGUAGAAAAUGUCACAGUUUUCAAUGAAUCAAAAUGAAUGAAUGAAUUGCAAUAUAGCAAUACGAGUAAUACUUAUAAUUGUACGUAUUAUUUAGCCAUAAACAGACAUUCACGCAUCAAUACAUUCAUACAAUGCUGGCAUAUGUUAUAUACAUAUAAAAUAUACUAUUUAUAUCAAUUAUGGUAUGCAUACAUAUAUUAUGCAACAUUAAAUAUGCAUACUCGUAUAAUAUUAUAUAUAGCACAUACUCGAACCUAUAGCGAAGUACAUUAUGAAUUUGUGUCCGCAUGAUCGCUGUAAUGAGUAAUAUGAUAAACAUGUGGCAUAUGAAUAGAAAAUGUUUAUAAAUGUUUGUGUAUAAAGAUAUAAGAUGAUGAUACUUGGAUAUAAAUAUCUACGAGUAUGUGGCAUAUGAAGUUUCCAAGCUUGCCAAGCAAACUAACCUAUGAGAAUUACAUUACAUUAAAUACUACGCAUUGAUUUGUCCGCAUAAAAUUAUAUUAAAUGAGAGGCCUAUACAAAUUAUAUACGUUAAGAGUAGAAAUAAUCACAAUACAUAUUUAUAUGUUAGGUAUCUCAUAAGUUAGUCCGUAUAUCCUCAAAUAUAUCAAUUCAUAUUCAACACUUUAAAUUUUCAAAUAGUUAUGCAUGCCAAUUACAGUUUACCCGAUUAAUUAGUUCAUUAUUGGCUGACUUCAGAUUGCGCCGAGUAUGUGAUGCCCAAAAGGCUUCCACGGAAAGGUUUCUAAACUAACAUCCUUAAUUCUUCUUAGUUCUCUUAUAUUCAUGUUUAAGGAAUUGCCUUGUGAACCUUGCCAAAAUGCAAAUCCGCAUUACAGAGUUAACUUGAAUGAACGCACUUUGACAUGAAUAUAGGAAUACAGUCAUACAUCUAGUGCUAAUGUAAUACAUUUUUCUGAAUAGAGUCUAGUGUACGAUUCAGAUAUUUUUUCCAAACGAAUCGAUACCAUUUACAAAAGAAUGACAAAAUACCGAACUCGAGAACAAAAUCAAGAGCUUCUAAGACACUGGCAUGUUACAUAUACAAGUAAUUAUGUAUAUGAGAACUCUGCAAAAUAAGAGAUCCCUAAGUAAAUACUACCGUUAAGAAUAAACUAUAUAGUUCUAGCAAAGAGAUGAGGAAAAACGUUUAUAAUAAUAGUGAUAAUAAUUUGUAAUAAGUUUGAGUAAUUAUAAAUACAUAAUUAUUACAUUAUUAUUUUCAUUUCAACAUACAUCUAUUAAACAAAUGGACCACACUAGGUUUAUUGACACUCCAUAAUAAUUCAGCUAAUUCCCAUCGUUUGAUAACAUAGGAAAAUUUAUCUCAGUUUAAGAUAUUCAGGGUAAUGAAAAAAUAGGAAAUAUAAUAUGUAGGGUCAAAUCUUCAACCCAAGUGUCAUUCAAUAAAAAUGUUUUGUUUAAUAUGUUUAUUCUUUACAUUUUAGUUAUGUAUAGAAAAUGCAAAGUAUUUUGUGUGUGUGUUUUUUUUAAAUAAUUUUACAAACAAUAUUGUGUGUGUACAUAAUUCUACAAUAAACAAAAAAAUAACACUAGUCAAACAGCUAAAGAAUCAUAAAAUUAAUAAUAAUUCUAUAUAAAUUGCAUAUAAAAUAGCAAACAAUUAUGAAAACAACUAUGUAAUCACAAUACGAAGACAAUGAAAUAUCAUCCAAUGAAUUAUAAGAGCUAUUUACAUAUGUAGAAACUAUGAAUAUGGAUAGGAUGUUGAAAUAUUACCGUUAAAUAUAUACAUAUACAUUUGUAUGUAUGCCAUUAGAAUACUGAAAAUAUUGUAAACAAACAAUGAAAUGCUUUUAAAUGGGAAUUUACGAGUAUAUGUAAUAUUUGUUAAUACAAUAGAUGCUCUUUUUUUUUGCACGAUAAGUUUAUAUAAGUACAUAAGUACAAUAUAUAUAGUAUAUAUACAUAUAUACAUAUGGAAACCAUAUCAGCAAUAUACAUUUAUAUAUACAUACAAUACAUACAUAGAUACAUGAUAUGUA